AUGUGCUCAAAAGAGGGAGAUUUAUAUCAUCAGCUGUUCUUAGCUUAUAAAGGCUCUCAUGCUGACUUGCCAGCGCAACUGUGUCAAAAAAAUGCCAACGCAAUUUGGAAAACGGCUAAAGAAACACUAAAAAAUAAAGAGAAAUUUAUAGAACAUAUAAAUGAUGCUAUACGAGAGUUGAAUGUGAAGGCCACGAAGAAGAAAGCAACAAUGCUUAGUUAUUUUACACAGGAUUCGGAUGUAGCCACGUGUUCAUCUUUUAUGAAAUCGGUUGACGCAGUCGCUGGACAAGAAAGGACUGCCGUCAAACGAAAGAUGAGCGAUACCCACGAUGAGCAAAGUUGGAAUACUAUAGAGGAAACCGCGGAGACAACGUCUACGGAACCACACACGAUUUUGAUUGAUUCGGGCAUCACUAAAAAUGUUCCAGGCAAACCGGCUCAAGAAACUCUUGUGAAGAAAAUUGGUCUACUGCAACAAAGAAUAAACGUUCUUACUGAAGCAAGGGACAUUGGUAUAGCCAAAGAUGAUGUUCACGACGAAAUAAAAAAGCUACGCAACGAGUUGAAAGAAGAAGAGAAACGUUUAAAGAAAAAAAGAGACUCUGCUAAGCGUGCAAAAAAAUUUCGAGCCAAAGAAAAACUGGAGAAAAUUGAACGUCAAAGAAACACUCCUGCUGCAACACAAACUCGAACUGGCCCUGGACAGCCCCCUUUAGUUGACUCGCAACCUGCUCUCCUAGAGACCAUCAUUAAUAUUGCCAUUCAUGGCAGCGCUGCUGAUGAACGUCGCCGAACAGAGAUGAUUAGGAGUUGUCUCACUCUAUCCGACCUGCAUGAGAGGCUAUUGUUAAUGGGAUACCAAAUUUCUCGAAGCGGCACCUAUCUUCAUUUACUCCCACGCGUUUCUAACACUCAAGAGGGAAGAAGACACGUACAUACCGUACCCGUAAAGUUAGCAAGACCACAGACUGAGAUGCACAGAAAGCAUGAGGACGGGGAAUUUUGCACCGCUACAAUCAGGUCAUUGGAAUCUCUCGCGUCGCUUCUGGGACCGCAGCAAGUAUUCGUUCUCUCACAAGACGAUAAGGCACGUGUACCCAUUGGUUUACCAGCAGUGAAAAGUCAGAGUCCUCUUUUAAUGCAUAUGGAAUACAGAAUACUUUUACCUGAUCAUGACUGGGUCGUGGCAGAGCGGCACAAACUUAUUCCUUCUGUAUACGCCGGCGUCAACGUGGAACCUAACAGCUUCGGUAAGGAAGAAGCUGUUGGGUACAGCGGGCCGACACAUAUAUCCAUAAGGAGCGGGAAACACGCUUCCUCCACAGCAAACACCCAUGCUUAUGAUUUCCAAUCACUUUUAUCAAUACCGUCAUUCAAACCCUUAAUGAUGACAGAAUCGAACACUGUGAAGCCAGUGAUCAUCAUCUUUGUAGAUGGUGGACCGGACGAAAACCCGCGUUAUCGUAAAGUCAAGAACUUUGCGAUUGAACACUUUAAAAAAUACAACUUGGACGCCUUGUUUAUAGCGACUAAUGCUCCUGGGCGGAGCGCAUUUAACCGAGUUGAGCGUCGGAUGGCUCCCCUCAGCAAACGACUGGCAGGCAUCAUUCUGCCUCAUGAACAUUUUGGUUCUCAUCUCGACGACAAAGGAAUGACUACGGAUGAUGAUUUGGAAAAACGCAAUUUUCAGCACGCUGGGGAAACGCUUGCAGAAGUGUGGAGAGAAAUGAAAAUUGAUAAUUACGACGUUUCGGCGAACUAUAGACAACCCGAAGAUAGCAUGCAGGAUCCAGCAGAACCAAAUCUGGCGUGGUAUAGCGUUCACGUCCGUGAAUCGCAAUAUUUCUUACAGGUUAUAAAAUGCGCGGAUGAAUCCUGCUGUUCACCACCGAGAAGUGCAUUGAAAUCUGUGCUUGCGGAUACUUUCAUGCCUCCACCUUGCCCAAUACUUCAAACUCCAAGCAAGCUCGUAGUACCCAGUUUACUAGACAAAGGAACAUCCAAGUUUUCGCCACUUCUUGUGAGGUUGUCCGUUGAUCUGUUACCUCCUCUAGAAGGGUUUAAGCAGAUGCCUUACGAUUUCUUUUGUCCAUCUGUACAAUCCGACCUGAAGAAAAAAGUAUGUCCAACCUGUGGAAUCUAUUUCACAUCUCACAAGAGUGUUCAAAUGCACUGUCGUUUCGUGCAUGGUAAGACUGUCCCAGACCAUUGUGAAACUAGAGUACGGCCACAGCGCCUUGCUGCCAGAAGGGCGAAUGAGUUUCUGUGCAUUGUGCGUCGUUAUGAAACAUCGUCUGAGGAUGCUGACUGGCUCGACGAAGACGAAGUUGAUGCAAGUGGCUUAACAAUUCCGGAACCAUCUUCGUCUGCACUCCAGAUCCCAGUGAUGAAAGAAUCUGAGUGGCUAGCAAACCCAUGGACAGAGGAGCAGUAA